UUUUUAAUUAAAUUGUCUCGCGAGAUCGAAGGUGGGAGGUGAACGUUGAAAUCAUGGCGGAAAACAACAUAACAGACCGAUGAAACGGAUUUAAUAAUUUGUUGUAAAUAGAAAUAGACAUUAAAGUUGAAUGGAAACAGGAUUUAAGAAAUAUUGGAAUUAAAAUUUGAGCAUGUCAGCCGUUGAAUUGUACACGAAGGGAGCACGUGUAUGGCUGCCUGACCCAGAUGUGGUGUGGAGAGGGGCGGAGCUAUUAGAAGACUACAAAGAGGCUCCUUGUAAAUUAAAAGUCCAUUAUGAAGAAGGAGAAAUUUCUCUACAAGAUUUACAUCUCCACCAAAAACUUGCGAAGGAAACGGAAUCUGUGAUAGAUAUCAAAGACAAAACCAAACUCCCGCACUUGAGAAAUCCAGACAUUCUCAUUGGAGAAAAUGAUCUGACAUCACUCAGUUAUUUAAAUGAGCCUGAAGUAUUAUAUAACCUGAAAGUGAGAUUUGAAGAAAGAAACAUCAUUUAUACAUACUGUGGAAUUGUUCUUGUAGCUAUUAACCCAUAUGAGCAGCUUGAUAUAUACAACAAUGACAUCAUACAAGCAUACAGCGGUCAGGACAUGGGCGCCAUGGAUCCACACAUCUACGCGGUGGCGGAGGAGGCGUACAAAAGAAUGUCCAGGUUCGAGCAAAACCAGUCUAUCAUUGUCAGUGGGGAAUCUGGUGCGGGAAAAACUGUCUCUGCCAAGUAUGCCAUGAGAUAUUUCGCUAUGGUCGGUGGAUCACAAGCUGAAACCCAAGUCGAAAAGAAAGUACUGGCAUCCAAUCCUAUCAUGGAGGCUAUAGGGAAUGCCAAGACGACCAGAAAUGACAAUAGUAGUAGGUUUGGCAAGUAUAUAGAGAUCAGCUUUAGUAAAAGCAACGAGAUUGUUGGAGCACACAUGAGAACAUAUCUACUAGAAAAAUCCAGGGUAGUAUUUCAGGCCAAGGAUGAGAGAAAUUAUCAUGUGUUUUAUCAACUAUGUGCAUCAAGGGAACUCCCAGAAUUGAAGAAAUUUGGUUUAAUGCCGGCAGAAAAGUUUUACUACACUAGUCAGGGCAAGAACCCCGUCAUUGAUGGAGUAGAUGAUGAAAAAGAGUAUAGGACAACUAAAGAAGCCAUGAAAAUGUUAGGGUUAAGUGAGAAAGAUAUCAAUAUGAUAUUCCAAAUAUUCUCGGCUGUCUUACAUUUUGGUAAUGUCAAGAUCAAUGAAAAGGACGGGGAAAGUUCGGAAAUGGCUCCGAAGGAUCCGUCUGUGGGUAUAGCUUGUAAGUUGUUUGGUGUAGACGAAUCACAAAUGAGAACAUGGAUCUGUAACAAAAAAAUCACAACUGUUGGCGAGACGUUGACCAAACCUCUCACGGCAGCUCAGGCGAGUUUUGCUCAGGAUGCUUUGUCUAAAUGUAUAUACUCAAAGUUGUUUGACUGGAUCGUGACUCAGAUAAACAAAGCCUUAGUCAGCCAGACAAAAUUACACAGAUUUAUAGGUGUCCUAGAUAUUUAUGGGUUUGAAACAUUCCAAAUCAACAGUUUUGAACAGUUUUGUAUCAACUACGCAAACGAGAAACUUCAACAGAUUUUCAAUAUGCAUGUGUUUAAACUGGAACAAGAAGAGUAUGUGAAGGAAGCUAUAGAAUGGUCAUUUAUAGAUUAUUAUGAUAAUCAGCCUUGUAUUGAUCUGAUAGAAGCUAAACUUGGUAUACUUGACUUGCUAGACGAAGAGUGUAAGGUACCUAACGGAUCGGACAAGAAUUGGUGCCAAAAGCUGUAUGGCAAGCAUCUUAAACAUUCCCAUUUCCAAAAACCCAAGAUUGGCAUGGAGUCUUUCAUUAUUUUACAUUUUGCUGAUAAAGUCACGUAUACUGCUAAAGGAUUCUUAGAUAAGAACAGAGAUGCUGUGUCUGAGGAGCAUGUAAACAUCAUGAAAGCAUCUGAGUAUGAGUUAGUGGCGGAAUUAUUCGCUGAUCUGGAAUCUGACGCUGAUGCCAGUAAAGGCCGGGUUCAAGCCCUUCAAUCUGGACCUAAAGGAACCUCAAAAAAGAUGAGAAAAACUGUGGGCUCACAGUUUCGUGAGUCUCUGUUUCUACUAAUGACCACACUGAAUUCAACAUCUCCCCAUUAUAUUCGGUGUAUAAAACCCAAUGACUUGAAAGCUGCAUUUGAGUUCGAACCUAAGAGAGCAGUGGAGCAGCUUAGAGCUUGCGGAGUGUUGGAGACAAUUAGAAUCAGUGCCGCCGGCUUCCCGUCAAGAUGGACGUAUCCAGAGUUCUUCCAGAGGUACAGGGUGUUGGCUAUAUCAAAGGACAUCAACAGGAAAGAUUUCAGAAAAUCGUGUCAAAAUGUGCUACCUAAACUUAUACAGGAUCCAGACAAGUACAGAUUUGGAAAGACGAAGAUUUUUUUCCGUGCUGGGCAGGUGGCCUAUUUAGAGAAAUUACGUGCGGACAAGUUACGUGCAUGUGGCAUCAUGAUACAAAAGCACGUGCGCGGCUGGCUGAUGAAAAACAAAUACCAAAAACUACGUAUCUCCGUGCUUGGUGUGCAAAGAUAUGGCAGAGGGUUGUUGGCGAGAAGAUAUGCUCAGCAUUUGCGUGAGACGAGGGCAGCCACCACUAUACAGAAACAUUGGCGUGGUUACAAAACGAGAAAAUCUUUCAACAGAAUUCAGAAAGCUGUUGUCAAGCUUCAGUCGGUCAUCAGAGGGUACUUUGGGCGAAAAGACUUCAAGCGGAGACUAUACGAACACAAAACCACCAUUAUUCAGGCGCGUGUGCGCGCAUACUUGGCGCGUAGGCAGUAUAAGAGAGUUAUUUACGGUGUUGUUAAGAUACAAGGCCACUUUAAGAGAAGGAAGGCCAAGGCAGAGCUUAGACAACUUAAGAUUGAGGCUAAGUCUAUGGAUCACAUGAAGAAUGUCAACAAGGGUCUAGAAAACAAGAUUAUACAGCUGCAGCAACAACUUGACAGCAAGAAAAAGGUAAGCACAGACGUCAUACAUAAACAAGAGGAGACGAUUAAACAGUUGGAGACAGAGAAAGAGAAGCUACUGAUCACAGCUUCGGAAGCGGCAAAGGCCUCAAACAAAGUGACAGAGUUGGAGGAGGAACUGGCAAGACUGAGGAAAGAAUUGGAACAAGAACGUGGCGAGAAACAGGACCUGAUCUCAGAGAAACAAUUGUUGAAGAAUAAAUAUGAUAAGGAAGUUGGGCAGCUUCAGUCAGAGAACGUCAAAAUCAAGGCCGAACUUGAUGAAUCCAAUAGGAAAUUGAAGGAACAGUCUAAAAUUGCAACAGUCGCUGCAGGUGGAGAUCAGCAGAAGUGGGAGGAGCAGAAGUUACAGUUCCUGUCAGAUAUGGAGUCUGAGAGACAGCAUCAUCAAAGACUAGUCAAAGAACAUAACCGUCUGCUGCAAAGAUUCGAGAAUAUGCAGGGUGAAAUGCAGAUGUUAACAAGUCCUACAGGACAUAAAAGAACACCCUCUGAUAUCAGCAUGAUAAGUUUAGAGUCUGUAUCCCCUGACGAUAAGAAGGAUGAUGGAGAAGAAGGGGAGAAAGAGGAUCAAGGGUAUGGCACUGAAAAGAAGAAACGUCAAGCACCGGUUCCACCCUCGGCAAGCAGCAUGGAGAAAGUUAUGAAAGAAGCCACUGCAGAGAAAACUGAUAAAGAAAAACUUCCGAAAGUACCAGAAGCGGGUAUUGAUGUGGGGUUAAUGUUAAAACUACAAAAUAAAGUGAAAUCCUUAGAGAAAGAACGAGACCAGUUGCGAGCCAAACUCGAAGGUUUGGAAGAAGAGAUGAAGCAGGGCACUGGUGCCUUCAGCGAAUCGGCGUUCACAACUCUAAAGCAACAAUCGAGAAACAGCGGUGUUGAUUUGGAUAAAUCUACAUUAAAAACUCGAAGCCUUUUAGCAGAAAGUAAAGCGUACGAUAGUUUGAAGAUGCAAGAAUUGGAGAAUGAAAACGACAAACUUAAACGAGAAUGUGCCAAACUUAUGGAAUCCAUUGCCAAGACGACCAACUUUAAUAAAGGCGGUAAAACGACAGCUGCUGGUAAAGAAUUCCUAGGUCAUAGAAUGAGUUUGCGCCGUCACAAAUCCGAGGAUCCGACAAAAACCGUACCAGAUCCGUCCAAAAUUAUUAACGAUCAGUUUGAGGCGAUGACAGAUGAGUUAGAGAGAAGACGAGAAGAGUGUCUACAAUUACGAGCGUUACUCGCAGAGAAGAGCAUCUCCACGCAUUCCGUAGCCAAACAGUCAUAUGGCGGCCAGGACAAUAUCGUGAAUGAAGAUAACGAGUUGACAAUGGCGUAUAAAUCUCAGCGUGAUAUCAUCAGAUUGUUAGAAAACCAGUUACAAAAGGCAGAAGGCGAGUUGAAAAAGAAGGUCGGAGACUAUGACGCCGAGGUUAAAGAACUACGAAAAGAAAAUGAUAAACAGCAUAAACUUAUUCAGCAGAGUCUGUCAAUGACACCCGAUGCGAAGAUUGAGGCCACCAUGCAACAUGAAAUAACAAGACUUACUUCGGAAAAUUUGGAUUUGAGAGAAGUGAUUGACAAACAAGCUGACCAGAUUAGAAAGCUAAAGAAAAUGUUAAAGGUGUAUGCAAAGAGAAUGAAAGAUGGAGAAGCAGCGGAGAUUCAGGCGGAGCUAGAGAAAGAGGAGACGAAGAGUGUGGAGAAUGUGGCGCAGAUAAAACAUCGGGAGAGGAACUACAUGGGAAUGUUGGAAUAUAAGAAAGAAGAUGAGGGACCACUGAUUAAAGUGCUUAUUCUAGAUUUGAAACCGAAGGUAACGUCGGCAUUUUUACCAGGUUUGCCGGCCUACUUGUUAUUCAUGUGUGUACGGCACACGGACUACAUUAACGACGAUGAAAAGGUCCGGUCCUUCCUUACUAGUACCAUCAAUGGAAUCAAAAAAGUGGUCAAGAAACAUCACGAUGAUCUUGAGAGGGUCACGCUAUGGCUUGCCAACACGUGUCGUUUCUUGCACACGUUAAAACAAUACAGUGGAGAGAAGCAAUUUCAGACUGAAAACACACCCAGGCAGAAUGAGCACUGCUUACGAAACUUUGACCUGGCCGAGUACAGACAAGUGUUUAGCGACCUUGCUGUAUGGAUAUACCAGACUUUGAUCAAGUUGAUGGAAGCUACAAUUCAACCAUCUAUAGUGUCAGCAGUAUUAGAACAUGAAGCCAUUGCUGGGCUGACAGGGAGCAAACCUAGCGGUCUGAGGGGUAGAAGUAGCAGCCGAGCUGAAGACACCCCUGAACACUCCCUAGAUACUUUAAUGAAAUCUAUGAACCAGUUUGUACGUACAUUAACGCAGCACGCAGUUGAUCCGGAAUUAAUCAAGCAGAUUUUCCGGCAGUUAUACUAUUUUCUAGGUGCUAGUGCACUAAAUAAUCUACUGCUGAGAAAAGAUAUGUGUAACUGGUCGAAAGGCAUGCAAAUCAGAUAUAAUCUUUCCCACCUGGAACAAUGGCUUCGUGACAACAAACUACAAGAGUCCGGAGCCGGAAACACGCUGGAACCAAUUGUUCAAGCAUCGCAACUUCUUCAAGCGAGAAAGACGGAUGCAGACGUAGACAGUGUGUACGAAAUGUGCUCCAAACUAACAGCCCCACAGAUUGUGAAGAUUCUAAACCUAUACACACCAGUUGAUGAGUUCGAGGAGCGGGUGCCGAUAUCCUUUAUACGCAAAAUUCAACAAAAAUUGAAAGAAAGAGAUCACGUGGAAACGUCCCUCUUGAUGGACCUUAAGUUCUCAUACUCUGUGACUUUCCCAUUUAAUCCUUCCAAAAUUGCUCUAGAAAGUAUAGACAUUCCAGAACAAUUACAUUUAGGAAACCUGGUGACUAGAUCAUAGAACAUAUUCCUCCGAAAGGAGUUUUAAAUUAUAUAAUCAAGUGCAUCCCCGAAAACUCGAUUGAAAUUGGAAUUUGGAGGAAAAAGGUGUGAAUACUUCAUAGAACAUGUUCCUUCAAAAGAGCUUUUACUAUUCAAGUGCAUCUGCUAAAACUCGAUUAAAAAAAUGGAAUUUGGAAAAAUUAUGAAUCAAAUGUUGUGACUACAUCAUUGAACAUUUUCACUGACGAGGAGUUUUUUCUGUAUAUUCAAGUUUAUCUUUUAAAACUUGAUUGAAAAGAAACUAAAAUUUGGAAUUAAUCAAAUGAUGCAACGGUAUCAUAUAAGAAAGGGGGUAUAUUAUAUAAAUCAAGUGCAUCUACAAGAACUCCAUUAUUAUGGUGAAAUUAAAAGAAGAACACAUUCUUUAGCAAGGAGCUACUUUUAAUAAUCAAGUGCAUCAGUCAACAUUCGUAUUUUAUUAGGCAUGAAAUGGUAGUUAUAAAAGAAAAUCAGGAAUGAAAUGGUGUUUUAUAUUUUUUGACCUUGAAACGUACGUCAGUUGAUGAUUUGUUUUUGUUGUUAAGUUUAAACUAACUUAAUUUAUGCAAUGUUUUUUUUUUUUAAAUUUUUCUAGAGUUAAGAUAUAUGUUUGGUAUGUACGUGUACUUUAUAUAAUAACGAUAAAAAACGUUACUGUGAUAGAUUGGUUUAUCAUAAUUUUUAUCCUUACCGAAGUUCUACAAAACUGAUAAAACCGAAGCUGUCAUUAAUAGAUGUGUCACUAAUAUUUCUCAGUCAGUUGUUACUUUCAGUUCAACGAAACAGAUUUGUUAAAAAAAUGUUGAUUUUGACGCGCUCAGAUUUCUCAACAUUAUCGAUGAUAUUAUACAAAAUGACCCAAAGCUUUUAACUCAAAUCAGGCCAAGAAUCACUAACAAAUUUCAUUAACAGUUUAAUUUCUUUUUUAUCUUAUGCACUUUAUUAUCUUAGGCAUAUUUUUCCAUUUAAAGUUUCCAAGGGGAUCUAUGUAAGAAUUUCAGAUUUUAUGUAUUUAGACUUUUGGACUUCUGUUGAUUGCCUAAAAUCAUUUUAAUUUGAAUUAUAAAGUCUUAUUUAAAGGCAUUAUUAGCAGUGAAAUAUUUUCCUUGUGUGUUGCGAUGUAACACUCCAAUUAGUAAAUUAUUUUAGAGCAAAUAAAUUCAAUAGUUUAUCGGAGUAUAACAAAAAUGGUCUCUAGUUUCCAUUUAUUGUAACAUUCAAAUCAUAUCACUUUGAUUUUAAAUUUAGUUUAAGUUAAAGUUUAGAGUGUAAAGUAUUGUUUAAAAGUAUUUGUUAGCAAUUGAAACAUUCCUUGUGUAAUGUGAUGUAACAUUCAAAUUAGUCAAUAUAAUUUUUUUACUUAGAAGUGAUAAAAAGGUAUAUGUAUGUAUAUUUAAAAUUCCUAGAUAUGUGAAAUAAUGUUCCAAUUACUUGAACAUAUUCUAGAAAUUCUGAAAAUGAUGCUACAUAUAUAAAAGUGAUAAAGUUUUAGUAAACUGAUGUAAUAAUUUGUAAAUUGUUUGAAAUAUAUGUGAUACAUCUUGAGAAUAGAAAUUAUUCUGUAGAGGAAAAAAAAAUUCAUUAUUCCAUAGAGAAAAAAAAUUAUUCCAUAGAAAAAAGUCCAUAUCUUUAUCAAUAUAAAUUCAAUAAAGUGCAUAUCUAAAUAAGAUGAUAUUUCAUUAUUGUGAUAUUCUGUUAACAAAUACAAUUCCAUAGAAAAUUUCUGCAUAUCUGAAGAUAAUGAAAGUUCUUUUUAUAAAAACGUUAGUAUAGAUAUAUAUUUAUACAUAUAUAUUAUGCAUGUAUGAUUUUUGGAAAAAAAAAUGCUGCAUAUUUUUUGCAAAUAGAAUUCUUUUUUUUUUCAGUAUGCAAGAUUCUUGUUUCACAUUUUAUACUUGCUUGUGGUAUAUAUUUAUAUGACAGUUCUGCAUUUAACCUAGUAAGAGGUGCUUUGUUGUAAUUGUUUAGACAGGUAUUUUCACAUUUUAAAAUGGAUAUUUUCACAUUUUACAUAAACGAAUUUUCACAUUUCAGGUCAGAUUUUAAUAAGUGAAAAUUCCAAUGUAAAAAUAACUAUGUUAAAUACCUACAUGAAAAUAAAUAUGUAAAAUACCUAUAUUGAAAUGUCUUCAUGAAAUUAACUGUGAAAAUAUCUACUGGUAAUAAUGUGAAAAUAACUAUGUGAAAAUAACUACACGUAUGUGAAAAUAAUGUGAAUAAUCUAAUAUGUGAAUAUAAUGUGAAAAUAUCUGAUAUGUGAAAAUAAUAUGAAAAUAACUAUGUGAAAAUACCUGUAUUGGCAAUCACUGUAUUAUACAUGUACAUUCCUAAUAAAUACACCCAUUGUCUGUCUCAUAAGAAAAAUUUGUAUAUAAAAAUGUCUGAUUUUGUUAUAACAAGAAAACAAAUUAGGAAUGAUGUAUUUUAGAUGUAUUUUUUGCUGCUGUUAUUGGUAUUAAAAUGAGAAAUAAAUAUGUGAAAUAUUUUUAUUUGAUAGUAAUAUAGUUAUUCAUGAUUGUAGUUUAUUUUGGAAAAAAAAUUAAUGUAAGGAAAAAUCAGUGAAAAUGGCAAUAAAUUUUUUAUAUAUGUCAAAAAAAGGCUUAGACCGGCCUUCAGCUUUUCUUAAGGUUAAAUAUGUUAUUUUUCAAUAAAUGGUUUCUUGUAACUUGUCAAAUUAAAAGAAUUGAAGUGGUAAGUAAAAUUUGCCUGCGAUAAAAUACAUAAACAAUAACGAAACCCCUCGGUGACUUCCUAUCCACCAGUCCGCUCUCUAUAUGAAAAUUUGUAAACAGGACCAUUUGUUUGGAUCAGAUCUUCUAUUUUUAGAAAUGUGCGUUAUAAAUAGCUCUUGGGACACUGUUUUGAAGACAGCUUAACAGGGAUAUGAUGCACUUUUCCAAGAUAAAAUUACUGAAAUAUUUAGUUUGAAACAACACAAAAUUGUUUUUUUUCCAACAGAAAAUAAAAGCUGAAGGCCACUUUAAAAGCAAUACUGCAGUAACUCUGUGUAAAAAAAAAAAAAAAAGACUUAAAAUGGCAAACUGUUGAAAUCCGGAUAUAAAAAAAGUGAAAAAUGGCCUCCGUUUGUUUUGCAAUUUUAUGUUAUGAUUUUCGCUGUCAAGUUGAAUUAGUAAUAUAUUUCAAAAGAUUUACUAUUAAAAAAAUGGUGAUUAACCAAUAAUAAAAUGUUGAUGAGAUACAGUAUAAAAACUAAGGUUGAAUUACAGAAUCACUGCUCUACUCUCUAACAUUAAGUGCGUGUUACUGUUAUAUUCCCAGUGAUAUUUAUAGAAAUUUUCAUUGGUCAAGUGACUUAUUGAUAAAGUUUUUUUCAUAAUCAAACAUAAAAUUGAACACAAUAAUGGCAAAAUGUCAAGUUUUUAUUUUAACUUGUUCUCUAACAAUUUACACUCGGGGAAAGGCGUAUUAUCACUUUAACAAAGAUGACUGCUCCUUUGGCACAUUUGAUUUUAUAACCUUACAACUCUGUCACCAUUAUUCAUUCUCU